GAAGUUAAAGUUGUUAAGCCGGCCUUCAUUGCGGUUGCGGCCAAACCCCUCUCCCCUCUCGCGCCCAGAUUACUACGGAGAAAGGAGAAAAGGCGGCCACUGGUCGACUUGAAGCGGAGGGAGGAUUGUUGGCAAAGUCGAUCUUAGUCAAGGACAGCAUGGAACAGUGGUCCAAUUGAGCCCAUCGUGUGUGCCAGCAUGGGGCUGCAGUAUUUUAACUAAAGUCAAGUCUACUAGCAUACCUCUUGCAAUCAAGGUUCGCCGAACUCCGGUGCAAAUCCAAAAAACCCAUCAAUGGAAACUGAUGUGGCCUCCUCUCCUCCCCCAAAACCAACAGUAAACUCCUAUUCUCAAACUCAAAACCUUAGCUCGAGCUCCUCACCGCUGCCACCGUCAGUAUUACGGCAAUGGAGGCAACAUGCACAGAGAAACAUGAGAAACCAGUGGUCGAAAUUUGCUUCAUAUCGGCAACAAUGGGCCUCUUUCACUUCUAGUGGCAGAUCUCACGCAACAUCUCUUGUCAACGCUUAUCUCAACCUAAGAUACAUACCUUCAAUGGAGCUGGGAAUUCUCCAUGAUAUGCCUGCUAUUCAAGCGAAAGCUUCCCAGAAGAUUUUUAAGCAGCAGGAGCUUCAUCAAAGCAAACUUUUAACGACGUACAAGGAUAUGGUGGGUGUUGUAACUCAUAUGGUCAAUGCUGCUAGGUCCAUGAGAUCUUUUUUGAGAGGGGCCAGUAGUAGUCUUAUUAUGCAAUUUUCUAGCUCUUCAGAUGAUAUGAAUGACAAUGGUGAUGGUGGUGGGAUUCCAGUCUUUGCAUUUCUAUCAAUCUCGUCACUUGAGCGAUUGGCUGAGGAACUUGUUCAGAUGUUCAUAUUUGAAUUGGCUUUAAAGCGGUUGAUUGUGGUUGCAUUACUUGUCAUUAAUAGCGAAGCUCCACAAGGCAAUGAGUUGUGUUGGUCUGAUGAGCUUUAUGCAGGAGAAUUUAAGGACUUGAUUAUCUGCAAUUUGUAUUCCAAGGAAACUUGUGAGCCACUAUUUCCAAAAUUGAACGGUUCAAAAUCUAGUAUUCCAGCUGUGCGAUGUACCAGUCAGCCAAAUGACCAGACUUUGCAGAGUUAUAUUACAACAUGGCUUGCAGAGGUGAACCUGGACGCGCACAGGGUGGAUGAAAUUUUUGCAAUGGUUGGGGAAGAAAUGAAUGUUGGAAUUUCAUAAGCUGCUUUGAUGGUCAAAGAGUUGUUGAAGUUACUCCUAUUCUAUCAAGCAGCCAUCAAAGCCAGAACAAAGUUUCUGCAGAUAAUCUGGCAAAUAUGUGAAGUUGUCAACAAUUCUAGGACAGCAAUUGCAGGAAAGUCUGCAUAUCAGUUUGCCCAAAUGCAUUGGAAAGGGUGAUUUUGGUUAUGUUCACCUCAGGAAUUUUCAAUGAGUGGACUAUUUGGAGGGUUCAUAUAUGAUUAGCUGUAAUUUAGAUAUAACUCUCCUAUUUUGCAAUGUCAAUUACAUAGCAUACAGUCAGCUGUAAAUAUUUACAUCUUUUCUAAUUAGAUAGCUUAAAUUAGGCCAGCUAGCAUUCCUAUCGACUUCCUGUAAUCAAGCAUUUGUAAACCCUGUAUAAUAAAGUAAUGCCGGUCUCAAAUUUUCUUGAUGUGGAA